AAGGGACCUGGUUUGGGGGGAGGGGGAUUCUGAGGAGUGAAACCACUUCCUGUGUAGCUAGUUCCUGUGUUGACAGAGCUGAAGGGGAGGCUGGGGUGGAGGGAGCAGAGCUGGUGCUUGGGGGGCUACUAAGGCUCUGGAGAUAAGGCCAGGCGUCCUUUCCCACCAUGAGCCCCCUCCACUCUUGCAGCUGGAGAAGGUUUUCCCAGUCUCUGUGCUCCCUUGGGGCAAGAGAGGUCUAACAAGCUGUUUGGGUGGGAAUAGACAAUGGAGGAAGUUGACAGGGAUGGGCGGGGCCCAUGGGGGGGCUGACCAGGAACCCAGCUUCCUGCUCAGUACCCAGGCAUCCAGCCCCCAGCUCACCCCCACCCCUUCCAGCCCCCACUCCCCUCAGAAACUCAAGAUUCCUGCCCUCCUCCCAAAUCCAAGUCACCCCUCCCCCAUCAAUUUCUCCCCUCCAGGGGAUGGAGGCCGAGAGACCCCAGGAAGAAGAGGAUGGUGACCAGAGCCCCCCUCAGGAUGAGCACGGCUGGCCCCCUCUGAACUCCACCACUCGGCCAUGGCGAUCUGCUCCUCCGUCCCCUCCUCCUCCAGGGACCCGCCACACAGCCCUGGGACCCCGCUCGGCCUCCCUCCUCUCCCUGCAGACUGAGCUCCUUCUGGAUCUGGUGGCUGAAGCCCAGUCCCGCCGUCUAGAGGAGCAGAGGGCCACCUUCCACGUGCCCCAAAACCCCCCAAGCCUAGGCCCCACCCAGCCUCGGCCUCUGGAGGACAGGGAACAGCUCUACAGCACCAUCCUCAGUCACCAGUGCCAGCGGAUGGAAGCCCAGAGGUCAGAGCCUCCCCUCCCUCCAGGGGGACAGGAGCUCCUGGAGUUGCUGCUGAGAGUUCAGGGUGGGGGUCGGAUGGAGGAGCAAAGGUCCCGGCCUCCCACACACACCUGUUGAGACUUGAGCCCCCAACCAGCCCCUCCUUGCUCGUGGGGCUCAAAGUUGGGCAGCCCAUUGCAUGCUGUCAACCCUGCCUGGCAGAGGUACCAGAGACUAGAAGACCCAGCAGAAAUCUCAAUAUUCAUCGCACUCAUCACCUUCCCUGGGAACUGGAGGGGGUGAAAGUCCUCAAACCCUGGGAAUAGGCAAGGUAGGGUUGCCAACUUCCUCCCCAAGUACAUGGGAGCUUGAGGUAGUAAGCAGAUCCCAUCCACGGAUCUCAGGGAGUGGCUGGGAGUCUGCGUCCUGAGCUGGGGAGACACCACCAGCGGUCAAACUACUUGGGCAGGGUCUGAGCGCUCGGGCCUCUCCACCUCCCAAGAAGACAAAUCUCCCAAGGAUAUGACCUGAGAGACAGCUCUACCCUGCUUCCCAGUAAGAAGAAAGGGAGGAGGUGGGCGGAGCAAAGAGAGGUCGACUAUUUUUCCCACCUCCAUCAGAAGCACCCCCAGCCCCAAGACUGAGGGGCCCACAGGCGGUGAUGGACCUUUAGCCCCGCCCGCCGUCCCUCCCCACUGCUGCUCUGAGUCUGUCUGGUGUUUUGGUUGUACAAAUAAAUGUACUUCCUCUCUGGA